UAAGUGAAAUACGAGUAGUUAAAUUAACUUCAAAGUUAUUUUAAUUAUAAAACUAAUAAUUCCAAAUUCACCAUCCAAAUUAAUAUAAAUCCAAAAAAAUGGAGGUUAUGGAAGAGGGUAAUCUUAUGGACCGUGUGCCUAUUUUACUGCAACGGGAUUUACAAUAUUAUCAGACGCACCAACGAGUUUUACAGGAACGUUUGUGUACCGGUGUGGUGGGUGGCAAAUUGGAUUUUCCACGUUAUGCUUCAUUUGCGGCCAUUAAAAUUAUCUUAUGGUGGGAGGAUGAGUAUUUUGCUUCAUAUAGAAAACAUUCGGGUUUAUUGCAUACGGAAAAGGAGCUGAGUGAGGGAGAUUUUUCCUCGGUUGUGGUAAAAAGUUCCGAUCCGGACAAAUUCGUUAGUCUUGUAACCAAAUCAGCCGAUUUGUUAUUGGAACAUUUGCACGUUUUAUCCCAAGAGUCUUUGGAUCAUGCUGACCUAUCGGUACUAACCGCCACUAUAGGAGCAGCAGCCCUAGUACGCAACUGCUUAAAUGUUUAUCUUCAAGCUGCAACUACGAAAAUUUGUCCGCCCAAAGGAGACGAAAAGGGUGGUGCUUUAAAAAUAUCCCUUAAACAAUAUUCACAAUUAUCUGAGGCGUUGGCUGAACGUCUUUUAGAUUUACACUGUCGCCUGCUAUUACUCUAUAUAGUUCAGGAUGCUGAUGCCUUGCACUGGGAAGAUAACGAAGCAUUUUUUGAAUCCGAACGCGGCUCGUAUUGCAUACAAAUGUGGUGGUUGUAUAUGUAUGGCACCAAAGAUGAUUUAUGGAAUUCGGUGCCACCGAAAAUGGCACAACGCAUAUUUGGCGGUAUGCUGAAUGAAACGUUGAGUGUGCUGACAGUACGUUAUUCACAAAUAACCACUAGCUUAGCACGGGCCCAAUUACAUUUGUGUGAUAUUUGUAAUUUAUUAUUUUGUAUUGCUGAAUUAUUGCCGCAUGUUUGUGAGAGUGGUGAGGCUUAUGUGGGAUUACAGUUAAAUAACCAAAGUGUCAUUAUACGUGAUAUACAUGCAAAGUGCAGGGAACUUUUUUAUUGCCUUCUGUUGCGUGGUGCACCGCUUGGAGUACUCUCAAAGGUCUUCCGCAAAGGUCUGGAAAAUAUGGAAAUGUUUUCUUCCCGCCAUGGAUUACCAAGUGCUUGGAUUAUAUUCGCCUUACCCCGGCUAUUUCCCAAAGAUCAGUCAUGCCAAUGGGUAACAGAAUUUGCAGAUUUGAAUACCAGCUCAGCGGUGUCUUUAGAACUAAAAGUUUUAUUGUCUUCACCUGAAGCGGAUUGGCCGUUUUUGGUUAAGGUCUUGCUAAUGCGAGAUGGCCACUUGACCGGUAUUAUCUUAAAACAUCUACUAAAACACUUACCCUCUGGUGAGAAUUUUAAGAAUGUAGCUAAACAUUCGUUUAUAGAGGAUAUCAAUGAACCUAAAAAGUGUGAGGGAUUUCUAUGUCGGGGAGAAUGCUUUAAUGUGGCAGAUUUAAUAGCAGAUGAUUUGGAUCCUGUGGGUCAAACAAAUUGCCAGAUUGUUUUAUCCUUGACCUAUUUAUUGGUGGCUUUGGGCAAGGCUGUCGAUAUUAAAACAUGUUUGAUAAAAUCCUUAGAAGAUGUGGGGUUACCGGGUUGGAGUGACUGUUUGGAUAAGAGACAGGUAUGGAAUCAAAAGCGACCUCCUUGGUUGGAAGCCAUUAUGCACUUUGUUUAUCCUGUUUUGGAUUGUAUUGUGGAAAUGUUGGUGAAUGCUGUAGAGGCUGGGGCCAGCAUGUAUCAAGCCAUGUCUUUGGCCUUAACCUGUGUAUCAGAAAUGUGGGAUUGUAUACCUGAAGGACUCUACAAAGUUACAUCCCUAUUGCAAGAUAUUACUCCAGUAUCUACAAGACCUUUAAGCGAUUCUGUGUUAAUGCAAGUUAUGUUUGCCGCCCUCUACACUGAGCUGAUUAAAACUGCUGAGAAAUAUGAGAAGUUAAAGGAUGAGGGCAAAGCUUCCAUUUGUUAUACCAUAUCCGAGGCAAUUUGCUCCAUUGAUGAGGAUGACAAACAUACCGACCAGAUAGAGCUGUUUUUAAAGCAGGCUAAGGAUAGUAUAAUUUUGGAAAGUUAUGGUUCUUCGGGUCGUGGUCCGGGUGGUAUGAGUGCUGUGAGCACGGUUAAAAUUGAUGAAAUUGGUACGGCCGAUUCGGAUCGUUUGAGUCACAGUCCUCCGGCUAAUUAUGCCAUGGAGUUGGAGGUUGGCAUUACCGAUUUCAUUGCAGAGGUCUUGACCAGUGAUGUAUUGACUACGGACAUUGGUAAACAGGCUUUAAAGGUCUGUUACAACUACUUGAAAAACAACAAAGAUUGGCUAAUGGAACAGUUGGGCACCAGCGUAAACGAUCCAAGCGCAUUUCAAGGGGUACAGGGACAAAAUGUCAAAGAAACCAAACCCUCACUACUUAGAACUAUGUUCUUCAUAGAAAAUACUCCCUUUGACCAGUUAUUAACGGGUUCCUUGAAAAUUGAGUAUGUUACAUGGCUGCAAACUCCCCUGUCAUUAAAUCCAGAACGUGCUUGGUUGCAUUUGGCGCGUCGCUGUGACUUUCAAGAAGAUGUCAAACUAACAAUGCCGGAAGUAGCCAUGGUUGCCAGCAUACAAAAAAUCAUGAAGAAACGUAAAAAUUAUGGAAAGUAAAGAAAAAAAAAACAAAAUGAAAUAAACUAAACUAAAAAUAAUGUUACCGAUUUAUCACAAACAAAAUUUAAAGUUGAAAAAUUUGUAGAAAUUUGUUUAGAAUUUAAUGACAAAUUAAACCUGUUAUGAAAGGAUACGAGGACAACAAUUGUGGCUAAAAAGAAAAACAAAUUCUUUUGAA